AUGCUUAAGCCCCGCCCAAAGCUUCCUCACACGAAAUCAACUGUCAAAGCUUUCAAGCCCCAUUUGUCUCUUGGGAGUGUUCCACAGACUCCUUCCUCACGCCCUUUCGAUCCCCGCCAGCUGCUUGGCCACACUCCCACCUCCCCUAAGCUUCUCGCUGCCCUUGGAAGACUGGCCACUGCGAUUGAUACGGCGUUCCCUAAAGUGGAAGCCCAUGAGCACAAUGUCUGGUUUAGGUAUGUCGAUUUGGGUCUCUCGCUUGGUUUCCGACCUGUAGAUGGCUAUGUACCCGCAGAAGGUGCAGAAGUCGAUGACCUAGACAUGUCCAAACUCCAACUAGCCGAAGUAACCCUUUACAACUCUCACAAACUUCAACAGGAUCCCGCUUUCCCUUUUCUCCCACUCGUUAUUCCCCCUCCCCGCUCUGCAAGCCAGGCGACGACGCCGGCUGUGUCGCGCAGCAACAGCGUCAGCUCGAAUGCUUCAGGACGCUCGUAUGUCAGUAUGGACAGCAAGUGGCCCGCUCCGCCCUCUCUUACGCCUGUGUCGAGUCUAGGCAGCAGUGGAUUCGCUGGUGGUCUGACGUCAGGUCUCGCCGGCAUGUCCACUCUCGAUAGCGAUAGACCGUCCACUCCGGGCACGCCAGGCACGCCCGGAGGCGCUCUCCCUAGAGGUAGCGUGGAACUAACUGAGACAGCCAUGCUGCAGAAUUUCAUUAAAACACUAGGCGAUCCCGAGGAGUCUCUCGAGGAACCCACUCCAAGUAAUAGCAUUGUACAUGCUCCUCGCACGCAGAUCGUCAAGGUUUGGCCUAAAGUGGCUAUUAAAGCUCAGUUCGCCGCUCCUCCAGGCAGCGAUAUGGCCAGACAAUUUGACUCGCGUUGGCUCACUGUGAGUAUUUCUGAUGCUGAUGGUUUCGACGAAGAUCCACCAGCUAAGGAGAUAGUGGGAGAGAUGGAGUAG